AUGUCUCUCGUCCACAACCCCGCUGUGGCCGCGGCAGACUUGUUGGUGCCCAAACCGGCGUUUGCCCGCGUCUACGUGUGGCCGUUUGGUAUCGUCUACUCGGCUUUUCUCCACGUCUACCUCAACCACUACGACAAGUACAUUGGCGGCUCCGAGUGGACGUUCGUGUACUUGAUGGCGCUCUGCUCCGUCAACAUGUUGCUCUGGUUGAUGCCCCACUGGAACUUGAACAUCGACGCCAAGUUCAACUACAACGUGGUGUCUCUGAUGGCCCAGGCCUCGCACAUCAAGAUCACUCCCGCGCCCAACUCGGGCGUGGGCGAGAUCUGUGUCAUCCAGCGUGAGACCUUCCAGGAUGGCGAGAAACAGACCUCGUUCUUGUACCAAAAGAGACGGCACUUGUAUGUGCCCUCCAAGGGCUACUUCUCUCCACCACACUUCGAGGUGGACGAGUUGCCAGCGUUGUCGUUCUUCCAGAACAACCGCGGUUUGAACGGCGACUUGGAGAAGACUACUAGAAACUAUGGCUUGAACAGGUUCGACAUCCCAAUCCCUACCUUUUUGGAGUUGUUCAAGGAACACGCCGUCGCUCCCUUCUUUGUAUUCCAGAUCUUCUGUGUGGCCUUGUGGUGCAUGGAUGAACAAUGGUACUUUUCUCUUUUCUCGUUGUUCAUGUUGGUCUCCUUUGAGAUGUCUACCGUGUUCCAACGUAGAACUACCAUGAACGAAUUCCAAAGCAUGGGUAUCAAGCCGUAUGAGAUUUAUGCAUACAGAGAUAGCACAUGGGUGGAGUUGACUACUGACCAAUUGUUACCUGGUGAUAUUGUUUCUGUUACCAGAACGAAGGAUGAAAGCGCAAUUCCUUGUGACUUGAUUCUUCUUGACGGUUCCGCUAUCAUGAACGAGGCCAUGUUGUCUGGUGAAUCCACCCCGUUGUUGAAGGAGUCGAUCAAAUUGAGACCCUCUGAGGAAUUUUUCCAGCCAGAUGGUUUCGACAAGAACUCUUUGCUUCAUGGUGGUACUGUUGCAUUACAAGUGACCGCUCCUGUUAAUCCUGCCCUUCCUGUGGCUCCCGACCAUGGAGCUUUGGCCUACGUCACAAAGACCGGUUUCGAGACUUCUCAAGGUUCUUUGGUCAGAAUGAUGAUCUUUUCUAGUGAAAGAGUGUCGGUCGACAACAAGGAGGCUUUCUUCUUUAUCUUGUUCUUGUUGAUUUUCGCUAUUGCCGCCUCUUGGUAUGUUUGGGUUGAGGGCUCCAGAAUGGGCCGUAUUCAAUCUAAAUUGAUCUUGGACUGUAUCAUUGUCAUUACUUCCGUCGUGCCUCCUGAAUUGCCAAUGGAGUUGACCUUGGCCGUCAAUUCUUCCUUGUCCUCCUUGCAAAAGCACUUCAUCUACUGUACUGAACCUUUCCGUAUUCCUAUUGCUGGUAGAAUCGACGUCUGUUGUUUCGACAAGACCGGUACUCUCACAGCUGAGGAUUUGGUCUUCGAGGGUCUUGCUGGUUUUAACUCCCUGGACAACACUGAACUUAUUACUUGUGACAAAGCACCCCUCGCAACUGCUCACGUUUUGGGUUCUGCCCAUGCUCUUGUUAAAUUGGAUGACGGCGAUAUUGUUGGUGACCCAAUGGAACAAGCCACUCUCAAGGCAGCUGAUUGGACCGUUGGCUGGAAGGACUCUGUUGAGAGAACCAUUCACAGUGAAGAAAAGGAGAAGACCGAAAAAAUCAACAUUUUGCGUCGUUUCCAGUUUUCUUCGAGCUUGAAGCGUUCUUCUACUAUCACAUCGAUUAACACCGUUAAAGGUAAGAAUUUUGUUGCUGUCAAAGGUGCACCAGAAACAAUUAAAACUAUGUUGACUGAUGCUCCAGCUCACUACGAAGAGUGUUACAAGCUGUUCACCAGAGCUGGCUCACGUGUGUUGGCUUUGGCCUACAAGUACAUCGAUUCUUCUCAAAAUGUGACUAAGCUUGAUAGAAAAAAGGUUGAAUCCGACCUUUUGUUCGCUGGUUUCAUUGUUUUCCAUUGUCCAUUGAAAGAUGAUGCAAUCAAGACUAUCGAGAUGUUGAACGAAUCUUCUCACCGCUCUGUUAUGAUCACUGGUGACAACCCUUUGACUGCCUGUCAUGUGGCCAAAGAGGUUGCUAUCACAUCUAAGGAAGUUUUGAUCUUGGAUGCUCCAGAAGAUCAUCAUGCUGUUGAUGAGGAGCAUAAUUUGGUUUGGAGAAACGUCGACGAAUCAAAGGUCAUUCCAUUCAACAGCAGUAAGUCUAUUGAUGUGGAUAUGUUCAAGAACUAUGACAUUUGUAUUACUGGUUAUGCUUUGGGAUACUUGACUGAGCAUCCUCAAAUUUUGGAUCUUUUGAAGCACACUUGGGUUUACGCUAGAGUUUCUCCAGCUCAGAAGGAGUUCUUGUUGGCUUCCUUCAAGGAUGCUGGAUACAACACUUUGAUGUGUGGUGAUGGAACAAACGACGUCGGUGCCUUGAAGCAAGCCCACAUUGGAGUGGCUUUGUUGAACGGUACGGAGGAAGGAAUGAAGAAGAUCGCUGAGAACAGAAAGAUCGAAACCAUGAAGAACGUGUACUACAAACAAGCUCAAAUCAUGGCAAACUGGCUGAGACCUCCUCCACCAGUCCCUGCUGUUAUCGCUCACUUGUAUCCACCUGGUAAGUAUAACCCUCACUAUAUUGAUUCCUUGGAGAAGAAGGGUGUAGAGAUCACCCCAGAAAUCCGCCAAAACGUUGAGAAGGCCAUUCGUGAUGAGACUCUUCCAAUCACUUUCGUGAAGGACGAAGCCGGAAAGAUCACUGCCUCAAGUUUUGCCGACUCUUUUAUGACCCAAAUGGGCAAUAUCGAAGAGGAGGACGAAGUUCCUACCUUGAAACUUGGUGAUGCCUCUGUGGCCGCUCCAUUCACUUCCAAGUUGUCAAAUGUCUCUGCUGUUACCAACAUUAUUCGUCAAGGUCGGUGCGCUUUGGUUUCCACAAUUCAAAUGUACAAGAUCUUGGCUUUGAACUGUUUGAUUUCGGCUUACUCCUUGUCUGUUUUGUAUUUGGCAGGAAUCAAAUUUGGAGACGGUCAGUCGACCGUUUCUGGAGUUUUAUUGUCUGUUUGUUUCUUUUCCAUCUCCCGUGGUAAGCCUCUCGAGAAAUUAAGUAAAGAGAGACCAUCUGCUGGAAUUUUCAACAUUUACAUCAUGGGAUCUAUUUUGGGCCAGUUUGCCAUUCACAUCAUCACUUUGAUUUACAUUACUCGGGAGAUCUACAUUUUGGAACCAAGAGUGGCUCAAGUCGACUUGGAGAAGAAGUUUGUGCCUUCUUUGUUGAACACGGGUAUGUUCUUGCUCCAAUUGGCGCAGCAAGUUUCCACUUUUGCUGUCAACUACAUUGGUUUGCCAUUUAAGGAAGGUAUCAAGGAUAACAAGGGUAUGUACUAUGGGCUCUUGGGUGUUGCUGGUUUGGCUCUUAUCGGAUCGACCGAAUUUAUGCCUGAGUUGAACGAGGCAAUGCAAUUUGUUCCAAUGACUACCGAGUUCAAGGUCAAGUUGACUUCGAGUAUCCUUAUAGAUUUGUCUUUCACCUGGAUGAUCGAGGUCGUUUUGAAGCACUUCUUCAUGAACUCAGGUGCCUCUGACAUUGCUGACCGCGACUACUAG